GCUCUGCACCCCCCCCCCCUUCGCAUGUAACCUCGCCGCCAUCUUCUCCACAACCGUCGUAUACAAGGAUGUCGGCUGAAGACUUUGAAUUGGAGAAGCCUGGUUCGCAACGCCUGCGUAGGAGGCGGGCAACCGAUGACUGGGAUAGUGAUGAACUAUUGAGCGAUGAAGAGACAUUUAAUACUAAUGGCCCAGCAGGAUUACUGGGAAGUAAUGAUGAGGAGCUCAAUGAAGACCUGCUGCUGGAGAGUGAUGAAGAUGCUGAGUUCAAGGGCGGAGGCCUCUCACUGGCCCCGAGCUCGUCGGCACAGCCUCCUCGGCAAAGCGGGGCUGGAGACGGAGGCGGUGCGCGGGAGGCCCAUCAGAGCUACCUUCAGCAGCCGGAGGGGGGAAAAAACUUCGGGGACUCCGGUCAUGAGCAGCAGGGGAGCUGGGAUGCGGGAGAAUCCAGGGCCGCGCGGCACGAUGACGAGCUGGACACGUACGGGGACGACGCAGUGCUGGACCUGGAGAUUGACGAACCCCUCGAUGAUGACUUUCAGGAUGAUUCAUUGUUGCUGUCAGAUUAUUCCCGGAGUGCUGCCUCCCAUGGCAAACAAACCGAGCCUCAACAGCCACCCAGGGAAGAGCAAAGCUCGCAGGGGAUGGCAUGUGAAGCUCAGGGUGCGACCUCGCAAGGGGAACCACAAGCAGUCAAAGAGCCCGAUGUUCCAGAGGCUGCUGAGGAAACAGAAGAGCAAGUUGAGGACGAGCAGACACCAGAUUUCACGAAAGAAGAUGGGCUCUUGGAGGAUGAUGAGGAAGAUGAGGAUGACUCGGGCCGUCUGCGAUUCAAGACAGAGCGCAAGGAAGGCUCGGUCAUUCGUUCUUUGAUCAGCACCUCGCGUACCAACAGAGAGAUUCCUGACACACUUGAACUCUCCGACGAAAUGAAGCAGCAGCUGCAAGAAUUUGAGGAUAAGGAGAUGCAGCGCAAGCAGCAGCACUGGCGAGGCAGGGGCCGGGCCCGGGGCAACAGGGGGGGUGUGGGCCAGCAGACGGUGGGCAUGGGCUGGGGUCCGCAGGGUAGGGGCAUGGACCACCCUAUGUUCCAGCACCACCAGCACAACCACAUGCAGCACUUCAUGAUGGGAUCAAGAGGUCCACAAUUCAGAUUCCAGGGGGGUGGACUGAUGGACCACCCAAUGCCAUUUUUCGGGAGAGGUGGUGGCAUGGGAUUCAUGUUUGGAGGCGGCCGCGCAGACAUGGGCAUGGGCGGCCCUCACUUCCACCAGCAGCAACAGCAGGGCCUCCGCUCACCGGUCCCUCACUUUCAUGAGCCCCGUGGAGGGGGCCCGAUUCAUCCUCGCCAAGAGGGGCCCCACCAGGGAGGCCCACAUCACGAGGGUCCUCGUGCCGAACCCUAUGGGCAAGCGCCUCCCCGGCAGGAGCCUCCACGUCAAGAGGCUCCACGUCAAGCAACCCACAGGCAGGAGCCGCCCAGGCAAGAAACCCCAAAGCAAGAGACUCCCAGACAAGAAACCCCCAAACAAGGGACCCCCAAACAAGAUUCUCCCCGGCAACCCAUCCGUCCAGAGCUGCCCCGCAUGGAGGCCCCACGCAAGGAGACCCCUCGGCCAGCGGCUCCCCAGCCAGCAGGUCCCCGGCCUGCGGGUCCACAGCCGGUAGGUCCCCGGCCGGCCGCUCCACAGCAGGCAGGUCCCCGGCCUGCGACUCCACGGCACUCGGGUCCCUGGCCUGCCGCUCCACGUGCUGCGACUCCACAAGCUGUGGCGCCUCGCGCCGUGGUUCCUCGUCCGGUGCCUUCCCAGCAAGCCGCUCCAUGCCAAACGGCUCCACGCCAAGCGCCGCCGCACCAGGAGGCUGCCUGUCAGAUGGCUCCGCACUCGGUGGUCGCUUGCCAGGAAUCCCCCUGCAAGGAACCACCCCGCAAGGAACCACCCCGCAACGAAGUGCCCCGUCCAGAGGUGCCCAGUGUGGUGGCGGUGCCCAGGCACGAGCCACCUAGGCACGAGCCACCUCCUAGGCUGGAGGCUCCUCGGCUGGAGGUGCGUCAGCCUCACUCCCCAACACCCAUCCAGCAACAGCAGCAGCAGCACUCGAAGAAGAUCCACAUCAAUCCACACUUCCGCGGCCCCACAUCCACUGCGUCGCCUCCAAUCGUGCCAUUACCAGUGAUGUCAACGCCAAACCAACCUGGAAUUAGUCCGGCUCCUCAACACUUUCCACCUCCGCAGCAACCACCACCACCCCAAGGCCAGCAGCAGCAGCAGCCUCCGCCUCCCAUACCACAGAGACCCCCAGUAUUUGAUGGGAGGCCUGGACCCAAUGGCCCUGAGCAGUGGGGCCCUCCCAGGACUGUGGGCCAUGAUGACUUCUUCAAUAGAGAGCACCAUUUCCCAGGGGAAGGAGGGUUCGAGCACUAUGACCGUGGUCAUCAUCAACAAUUCCCCGGACAGCCGCCUGCUCCUCCAGCCCCAAUGGGCUUCAACAACCCCAACCCACAGCAGCCAUUGGGUUUUAGCAAUAAUGGCCCACGACCAGGCCUUUCUGCUCAGUCCAUGUUCAUGAGGGAUGGGCCAAGUGGCCUAGGUGGGCCCAGUGCACCAAGUGGUCCAGGUGCAGGGCUGGCAGGGCCCAUUGGAGGUCCUGUUGGUCUCGGUGGGGGACCGGGUGGGCCUGGUGGACCUAAUGUUGGGCCCAGUCAUCCCGGUAUUGGACCAAGCGGUCCUAGUAUUGGGCCUGGCAUUGGGCCUGGCAUUGGGCCUGGCAUUGGGCCUGGCAUUGGGCCUGGCAUUGGGCAUGGUGGGCCUGGUAUUGGCCCUGGUGGGCCAGGAGGUGGGCCAUGUGGACCAGGUGGUCCUGGGAUGUAUCAACAGCAGCAACCAGACAUGCAUGGGCCCCGUCACUUUCCAGGACAGCAAGCCCCGUUUAACCCGCUGUCAAACCAGCCGUUCAUUCCCAUGCAGGCCAACCAGCAGCCAAUGAGUUUGCGUUCCAUGAAUAUCAAUCUUCAAGGCUUUCAGAUGCAGGUGCAGCAGCAGCUGCAACAGCAACUUCAACUGCAUCAGAAUCAACAUCAGCAUCAGAACCAACAUCAGCAGGCCCCGUUUCGGCCAAUCAUGCAGUCAAACAUGGCACAGCAGCAGCAACAGCAGCAGCAACAGCAGCAGCAGCAGCAGCCUUUUCAGCCAAGGAACCAGCACCCACACUCAGUGAGAAAUGAAGUCAUUCCCCAUCCUGGGCUGCAAGGCCAGCCAAGACCACAGGGCCAGUUUGGACAACAGGGCCAGUUUGGACAACACAGCCCACAUCAACAGCACAUGGACCAGAGGCCACCGGACCAGAUUUCCAUGCAGGGUUUGCACCCUUCUCAGGCAGGGGUGAGACAACAGCCAUCUCCAACGCAGGCACCAAACAGGGUCCAGAGACUGCAAGCUCCUGGACAAGCUAAAGUCAGAGCAAACCUGCCGAAUCAGCAGCAACUGUCCAAGCCACCCCCACCAGCUCCCCGAAACCUGCGUGAGCUACCCAAGGUCGAGCUGCCCCCAACCCCUGCUGCUACCGCCAACACCACCCCCGCCGCCGCUGCCGCCGCCGCUGCUGCUGCUGCUGCAAACGCCGCCAACAGGCAGCAGAGGCUGCUGGGGGCAAGCGGUGUUCGGCCCGCAAACCAGCCCACACCAACACAGGGCUUGACUGGACGUCUGAAACCUGCUCCAGCCUCCAUGCAGCGGGGGCCACAGAUGGGCAGGGCGGUCGUAGGUGGAACAGCGCACGCUAAAGUACAGGCGAGCGGGGCACCGAGAAACCCUGAACCAGUGACAGAGAAGGGUCAAGGGGCACAGGAUGAGGAUGAGGAGAUGCGAUUGUACCACCUCAAACUGGAGCAGCAGAAGCGUCUCCGUGAGGAGUUGAUGCGUCGCAAGGAGGCUCGGCGCCACCAGCAGGCGGGCCAGCGCAAGAAAGAGCUCUUGCAGCGCAUCAACCAGCAAACUCCCGCACAGCAGUUUCAGCAGCCACCGCAUAACCAACAACAGCCACCAAAUCAACAACUACAGCAGCAGAACCAGCCACUAAAUCAACAAAUGCAACAGCAGCAACACCAACCGCCAAAUCAACAACUGCAGCAGCAGCAGCACCAGCAGAACCAUCCACCAAACCAACAACUGCAGCAGCAGCAGCAGCAGCAGCUGAACAAUCAGCUUCGCACACAGCCUGCAGUCGUGCAGCAGAGAGACUCGCAGCCGUUCGCACAGCAGGGGACAGCAUCCACUGCCUUGGUCCAUCCACAGCAGAUGAGCAUCAAAAGCCGCCUCAACACAGUCAAGCCUAAAGUCCCCGCGGUGGGACAGCUAGGUUACAAUCAGGCGGCGGCCGCUGCCACCGCCGAGGCCACCCGCAGGAACGUGUCCAUCAUGCAGCAGCGUAGUCAGGCGGUUGGUGAGGUGGUGCAGCAGUUGCCACCAGGGGGCAGCCCCGUGCCAGGAGGUGGCCUGAGCCACACUGUUCCGGUGCUGGAGAGGGUCGGAAUGAAGCGCACUGUGGUUCAACGACAGGACAGCGAGGCUGAGAGGCAGCACAUGGGAAUGGCCAAGGUGCGCGUGGUGACAGAGGACCCCACUAUGCUCAUGGAAAACAUUUUUUCGGCUGGGUUGCAGCCCACAGCGCAACAUCAAUACAAGCAGGCACGGGGAAUGGCACACGGGACACCCAUGCAGCAACGACGGAACCUCCCGAGCAUUGGGCCCAUGGGACAGCCCGGCAACAGGAUGCCCAUGGCGAUGCGAGGCAAGGGCGGAUUUCCCCCUCACAUGGCUGGAGGCAAGGGGCAGGCACGAGGAGUCCCGCACCCCCAGAACCUGCGUGUUGUGGAGUGCAGGCCACAGCCCAGCCGCGUUGCUAUUGAUGGCCUCUCCAUCAACACCUCUGAGGGCCAGCUGAGGGCCAUCUUAGGCUCGGUGGGACCCAUAGAGACUUUGGAGAUGAUGCCACAUCACCGACGAGCUGUCGCCACCUUUAUUGACCCAGCCCAUGCUGUCGACUUCCAGCAGCAAUACCACAGGCACAUGGUAGACCUCUCGCACAUUAAUGUCACGGUGCUGAUGGAAGGGUGAACUUUGCCCGCGUCGGCGACUCUUCGCCUCCCUCCAGCGCUCCCGUUGCCCCAGCGCAGCACUCGUUGGACCGAGACAGAGAACGCCUCCCUCCUCAAGAGAGCCUCCUCCAUUCUCCUCCCCGCGUGCACAGCAAAGUACGCUACUCGAUGGUAACAUGUGUAAAGCCAUGUCGGCCACAGCGUUCAGAUGAACUGACAGCAAUGGAGCAUGGGCUGUGAUUUGUAACGGACUCUGGAUGAGUGACAUUUCUCCGUGGAGCGACAAAUGAGAAGAACGGACAAUGUGCCGCCACUGCAGUUACGUCAACUGCAUAUGUUGUAAUUAUUUUUGUCGUGGAAGUUAUACAUUUUAUUGCCUUGUGUCGUAAAUAAAAUCGGGCAACGAUUUAGCUUAUAGAGUUGUUAUUAUUAGUAGGUUUGUGUUCACGCCUCUGUGCUUAUCUUUACGUUGUCAUUUAUUGUAAAAUAUAGUUGGAAGCAGGUUAGUGGUCUCUUGAGUAAUCGUAGAAUAAUAGGGGGGAACCCAGUGAGAUUUUUUUUACAGAGAAGACAAGUGUACUCCUUUCAUAGAAUUUCAGAUCAAUCACCAAUAUAUAGACAAUGGGCAUCGCAGUUUUUAAAGUGAGAUGAUCACUUAAUUCUAAAAUAAGACUUUCAUUGCAAUCCCAGGGCUAACGUUUUGUUUGAAUUACCAGGUAGCCUAGAUCAGGCAGUUCUUACGAUGUUGACCAAAGCACAUUUUUGUUCAUGUAACAUAGCUAUUGAUUUUCUUGGCCCAGAGAGUAAAACCUUGCUUUUAAUUUCUCAAAGCCUGCAUUUUGCAGCAUACAACGAGUUGAAAGCUGUAGUGCAACAAAUGGCACAGAACCAUAUGAAAUGCACGUGUAUCGGCCUGAUGCAUUUGUUUGGCAAAACCUCUCAGCAGGAUUUUGUUUAAUCAACUGAAGCUUUAUGCCUUGUUAAACAAUUACUUAAUACUAAUUUGCAGCAUUUGUAAUUAGUUAAUGCAACUAUACAAUUCAGAGUUCUGCCUUGCGAAAUCUUCAUGCCAUUAGGGAAGCGAUGCUUGGCCUACCUUGAGAAGUCCAGUUGUUGCACUCUGACAAUAGCUUGACUGCCACGGAUUAAGUCUGCAAUUGAAAAUUCACGACUAGUUAGUGAGUGGCCAGACAGAUCCUUAUAAUUCUUGUUGUGUUGGUUCUGCUGGUGGCACCUGGGCUGUAAUGUCGACAGGUUCAUUCUCACAGGCAGGUGCGUUGGCAUUGCCUUUGCAAUAAGGUAAGGCUGAUGCGUUGCGUAAAAUUGAGCAGCAAUGUUAGGUUGUCUACAUCAGUUGCAGUUUUGUCUUGAUGUAUCGUUAUUAAUGAUUGUUUGCUAUUGAGCUGGUCCUAAAUGUUUAGUUGAAUGGGCACUUUUUUAAGCUGAGGCAAUUUUAGUGAUUGCGGCUUAAAUUAUUCGAUUUUUUAUGGCAAGGUGCACAUGACAGGGCGCAAACUUUUUGUCAUGAAGGAACUAUUUCCCUUUGGACAAGAAUGCAGCUCCUUCACCGAGGGUUCAGUUAUUUCCCCCCAGCAAACACUGUGUCUGCAUUGUUAGUGGCUUGAGACUGACAUGGAAGUGUUUCCACUGCGUAGAGGUGCAAGAGCACGUGGAGUGUCUCCCUGUCCAAAUGAGCAAUGGUACGGUGCUCAGUCCUACUGUGGUGGCCCAUAGCCAGUGGUGGAAAUUCCACAUUCCCAUAGUGGAAGCCAAGUCUCUCCAUAAGAUGAUUGUGAGUCUUGCACUCGAGUCAUAGCACCACCUGGCCUGGUAAGGGAGUACCUUUAGCCUGGAAAGAAAACAAGUUUACCCAGAGGAGCCAAAGGUGGUGUUCAAAGUAAUUCCUACCUCUGUACACAUUUUACCCUCUUCACAGGUGGAUUAUAUGAUGGAGCACAUUGGGAAAAAUCACAGUUGUGUCAAAUGUAUACAUUUGUGGUAGCUGGGCCUCAUUGCACAAGCCAGAGAAAUUUUAACACGACGACAUAACAUCAAGUUCACAUGAUUAUCAAGGAAGAGGUGGUUCAAGAGGACACUGCGAAAUGGCCUCAGCAUUGUUAGGAUCUUCCCUUCAAGUGCUUUUGAAGUAUUAAAUCACAUCAUUAAUACGGCCAAUGAAAAACACGGUGGCAGGGAAUUCCAGUUAAAAUAACUUCUGUAGAUAAACUUAUAUGACGUCUGAAUGUGUCCUGAUUAGUUCCUGUUCCUAAAAAUAGAUAUCAAUUAAUCACUACUUUAAUUCCAGCCUUUGUCAUAAUUGUAAAAAAUUGUCUAUGCAACACAGUCAACAUAGAAUCGGAGCCUGUUGUAUGAAAGGGAUAUGUAUUUAGAAUCCAGAUGGACGCAGUCCCAUGUAUGCAUUAGUUAUUCAUGGGAAUGAUUCAAAAGUAUCUGUUUCAGGCUCUCCUCUGCAUUUGCCCAGGAGGAAAUGAUUACCUAUGCCUGCCUGGCUCCGAUACCGGAGUGCAUCUGAUGCUUCUUUGCUACAGCCGAUCCACAGGACUUCGUAGACCCAUAGUGUUGUGACUCGGGCGUAUCUUACAGAAAGCAGCUGAUAUACCAUGCCCAUGCGGAUGCUGGAAAGACUAAAGUAUAAUUAUGGCUUAAAGAUAUUUCAUCUGUUGCGUUACGUCACUGGAAGAUAAUGUUCAUUCACAAACUGCCAACACCACCCAAGGCUUGACUUAAGUUCACAUGAGACCAGUGUCCCCUUGUUAGGUCGAUAUAUCUUUAGUAGAGAUAUUUAUGCAGUGGCACUUGCCUUAUCCAUGAAAAGGAUAUCUACAUUGCAGAACACGUACCUAGAUAGAGACGUUAACUUUGGCUUUUUUUCUGUUUGUCCUCUGUAUAAUCUUGUUCUUUUCAAUAGGUGUGCAUAGCUGUCCGAGUUGCGUGCGUAUGAGUUAGUGUUUAUAAAAAAGAUUGUGACCAUGUUGGAUUCCUUUAAGUUGUUAAUCAUAGGAUUUUAUAGACUACUUCGAUGUUAAGUACUGUUUUCAUUAGGAUAACUAUUUGAGACCUAAUGAUUUAUAUGGGAAUCAUCUUGGUAUCGCAGCCUGCUCAAGAGGCUCCUAAAGCUCGAAAGUGGGUAUUGACACUUUGCUCCAUUAAGUUUUGACUUCAGGAAACCCUUUUGCGUGCAACGGACAGCUGAGUGUGACAAUGGUUUUGAUUUAACUUUUGGAUUGGCACAUUGUGUCAGCGUAUCUUUACAAAAAGAGGCGAAUCGUAAACGUUGUCACAGAAAGAGCAGAAGUAUGACAGAGUAACUGUGAAUGCGAGUAGCAGUUGAGGUAGGGGCAGGAGCUUGUUUUAUUGGUGUGUCACCUGGGUUCAGUGUGCUCCUUACAGCAGUACACUGGAGAUCCAUGGACAGCACGUUAACUUGCUUUUACAAAAUGCUCCCAGGAGCCAUCGCUACAGGUACUUUUGAUUUAUUUUGGGACCUUUUCAUAGCAUGCUCAAGAGGCCACUAGUCUGCUUUCCUUGUAGAUGCAGGUCGUUCAUAGUUUGUCAUUCCCCUAAUCACAUUUUUGUCACAAACCAAGGCUUGGGAGAGAAUUUUUUUUAUGUGUACUUGCUGUGGAAAACAUUAAAACAUUAAACGCUGUCAUGAGUGACACAGUUAAGGGUGAUUUUACGUGUAUGUUUUAUUUAUAUGUGAUGCUGCACAUAGAUAUAUCUUUUUGAAUACUUGGAGUGCAUUAUACAGUAUAAGAUGACAACAUACCUUGGCAUUUACUGCAGAUAAUGCCUGAUUCGUAAACAUGAAUUAAAAUGACAGUAAGUAUACGUGGGACAGUGUGAAUAUCAAACAGCACGAGUGCUCCUUAAAAAAGAGGGUUUGUUUUUCAAGACUUGAAUGUUUUAAUUGGCCACGUGUUUUCACGAACUUCAGGUUACGUGAAGUUAGUGACACGUCAUAUUUGCAUAUGAUGUGAAAAUAACACUGCCAAAGUGCAGAGUUAACAAUGGUUGUACAUUUUAUAUUAAUACAAAAUUCACUUUAGAUUGUAGCACUCAAUUUGCAUAGAUACAAGUUUGGCAUUUGGCAUGUUUCUAAAUUCUUAAUAGCUUUGUGUUGUUUUUCAUGAUAUACUCGGGUAUCACAGGAGAAUGGGUAUUUCUUCUGCCAUGUUACCAUGACCGCAUUUUGACACAGCUUUUAAGCGUGUUCACCGCAGCGGGUGUGCCAUGAAAACAAUGGGAUUUGUUUGCAACGAUUUUUUUUGGUUAUACAACACUGAAGUUAAUGAGUGAUGUUUGUUCCUUCACUGGAUUUUUGAACAAGGGGCUUCAUUUGAACAGAUGGAAUAGUACCAAUGCCACGCAUUCCUGGGCCAUGAUAUUUAGGGACCUGCUUUUUGCUGCAUCAGCUGUUUCGAGUAGUUGGCAUGCAUACAGAGGACUUAAAUUAUGCUGAGAAUGGAAGUGUCAUUUGCCUAACUGGGCAUUGCUACGUUUUACUACUUAUGUCUUGUAAUAAUAUUGUGGUGAUUUUCUGCACUGCUGGACAUUUUGGCACAGGUCCUGAACAAUUGUUAAUACAAUGUAUUAUUAUUGUAAUUCGUUAGGGCUGGGAUUUAAUGUGUAAUUUUUGCAAUCGAUAUCAUGAACCUACAGUCGUGUCUCCUUGACAUGUACUGCUUACCGACGAUCGAUUUUGCAUCUUCAAUAAUCCGAUUAUGCAUGUUACAUUUGUCAAGUUACUUUACGGUCCAAAAAUAUGCACCCUUUUCAUACUUCAUUGCAUAUUGUGCACGUCAUUGUCAACUUUUGUGAAUUAAUGGAGCAGGUGGGAUGUGCCAUAGGCCCCAUUCUUGCUUACCCCUUUCCAUAUCGGAGCGAGACUUUCUGUAAAUCUAUCAGUAUACUGUAACGCUAUAGGUUGAACAUAAUCUACAACCCAGGGCAUCUGUUUUGUUUAUUUGACCUCUCUUCUGUCAAUACCUGCCCCAUAUUUGUUUUAUAGAAAUAUUAAUGCAAAUUGAAGCCUGAUCGGUUUUUUUUGGGACAAUAAUUGGAGCAUGCUCCUUGUCUUUUUUUCACUGUUUGGUUUUAUGUCGCAUUUUAAAUAAUGACAGUGUUUUAAAAACAUUUCAAUAGACACAUUUUAAAACAAUUUAAUAAGUACUUUUGUUGUAUUUAAAGUGUUAGUGUACUGCAUGUGCCAACCCAUUCGUGGAUGACUGUCAUCAUGUAUUUAAUGUAAUUUUGUCCAUAUCCAAAAGUUAAAUAACUCUGCCUCGUAAGAUAGAGCGUAAUGCAUUUUUGCAUGCCCAUGGCCCUGCCACAAAAAUGUUAUCUCUCGCUUAUUAAGGCUGUCCCAUUCGAUACUUAAUUAGGAAGUACAUUUAUGCUUAAUUUGCGAUUUGAUGUGCAGACUACAUAUUAAGCACGCUGGCAGUAAUCAGUGUGUAGCACCAUUGCAUGGAAACUAAUUAUUUUGUUACGAAGCAACGUAGUCUUAUCAAAAGUGUUAAUUGAACGUGCUCACGAUGACAGAACUUGAAUUCCAGUAUGCACAAGCACUAAAUGAAACCUCUAAUCAGGUGACAUCAGACUACUGUAUUCACGGUGGCUUCGUUUGUCAACCUGAGCAUUGAAUCCCAGCCCUAAUUAGUCCUUAGCACUUCAAGGGGGUGACUGCAAGGCUGUGUAGAUGAGAUGCACACCCAAUGAACUUGCACGUGUCUAACUACAUUGGAAUUAUAAACUAAUUACUCUUACACUGGAGGAUAAGAUGUCUCAUAAUUCGUUUAUAAAUCACAUGUAUGUGUUGUUGGCUGUGCACCCCUUCAUAGAAUCCUUUGGUCUCCUUCGACUAUUCCUAAUCAACAGUUGGUUUGUGCUGUACUUUCACUACCUGUUCAGUAUUUCUUGGAGAAUUACAUGUUAUCUCUUCAGCUGGUAUUUCUCUGCACAACUCUUGUCAAUGCUCAGUGAACUAAUACGUGGUCAAUUAACUGUAAGUUUUUUUUUACAAUUUCCAUUAGGGUCGGUGCCGCUCUGUGUGCAACCUUGGCUAUGCUUGCUUGCAAAGCCACUUAGACUUGCGGCCUGCCCAUAUCCAGUAGGAUUCCAAUAUCCCAACACUCGUUAAAACAGUAUUAUGAAUGGGAAUUGUGUCAUGUUGCAAUGCUGUUGCUCAUAAUUAUUAACAACUGGCUGUUAAGGAGUGGCCUACAACACAUACAUGCCUUUUGGUGUGACAUGUAUGUUCAUUGUGGUGCCUUGCAGUGCGUUAUUACGUUCAGAUCUGUACAUGUUUAUUCCCAAUUAUUUAGCGUUGUACUUUUAGAAGGAUUAAACAGGACCCUUCUGCUUUUAGAAGGGAAGGAUGCACUUUGUUGUUGUUGUAUACAAAACAAUGCUAUGGAGAAUAAGGAACGAUUGCAUAAGAAAUAAAUGUACCAGCAAUUUUGAUAAGCAUUUUUUCGCAUGCACAAUGGUGACACGGCCAACAUAUUGACAGCCCUGUGCUUGCAUUCCCAAGCAUGGUUUGAAUUUCCUCUUAUUUUUGCAAACUAUAAAUGCUGAUGCAGCUCAGCAGUGAAUCAGAAUAGGAAUGGGUGGAAUGGCCUGAUUGCACAGUGGCUGGGACUUGGUGCAUACAAAUUUCAGAAGUACAGAUGCCACUUGUAGAUGGGGGUGGUGCAGAAAAUCUCGGGUAUGUGGUGGUGUGAGGUAUUCAUGUGUGUGCAGGUGAUAUAUACAACAUCCCAGAGCAGGAUUUUCACAUUGUGUUGCCCGUUUAUCAUAAGUUUGCAUGAGUAUUUAUUUGGAUUAUUAUAAAUUUCGCCCUGCAGUAUUCUGGUAUUGCACAAGGAUUAAAAAUAGUGUGUGUGUGCGCGCGCGCCAUACUGCACAAUGUAUACAAUUUGAUCGACACAUUAUCGCAUUCAUCUUAAUGUUUAUUUUAGAAGAAAACAAAUGGGAUUUGUUUUCUAAGCACCAGUGGAAUUCUGAAAUCAUGAGUCAAUGUGUAAUUAUAUAGGUUUAAAAAAAUUACAUGGCACAUCGUACUGCUUUGGUGUCAGUCGUCUGUUUUGGCAAUAUGAUGGUUGUAUGCAUUUUAUGUAUGUGUGUAAUACUGUUUGUUAAAAGCCCUACAUGCACUUUCUGCACUUUAUUUAAACAUUCUCAUCAAAAUGCUCAAUGGCACAAGGUAUCCUUGAAAGGUGCAGAUAUACCCGUUAUACCUGCAAAAAAAAGUGUUGUCCUUUAUGUACGUGUGAUAUAUGUUUAUACAAGUUGAAAUGUUGAAUUUUGUUGUAUUCGGUGGGUUUUUAAUGGUCCUAAUUAGCACAAUUUGGAAAAAAAUACCAAAUUUGUAUGUUGAACUUCUUUCACACGUACGUAGCUAAUCGUAGGUGUGUAAUGUAAUUUGGAUUACUCUUCACAGUCAUCGUCUGCUAUUGCUCAACCAAUGUCCACUCGCAGGUCGGUACCAAAGUGCCCUUGUGCCACACGGGACAGCUGCCACUGGAGGGGGGGGUCCCUUUGAAUGUUUGAUGUGUUGCAAGGCACAGAGUUUCUGAGGCAUUAUAGCACCAUGUAAAUACAAAGAUUACGAUUGUAUAUUUUUUUAAAUGUGUGCAGCUGCCUUCAUAGUUACCGGCAUACAUUUCCAUUUGUGUUACAUUUGUGUUUUUAAAAACUGUGUUUUUACAUUUUUUAUCGCUUACUAAAGGUUUUUAGUGUGUUAAGCAAGGUAACUUUUACGUUUUUCAUAAUACAGUUUUUUGGGUUAUAUUGCAUUUCAUGUGCUUUCAUGUGGUUGUUGGUCAAUUGCUUUUUUUUUACAGGCUGGAGGCACAGCGUUUUUUUGGUGUGGUUUUGAGUGAUUAACGGUCAUAGUAAAACCUUUUCCAGGUAUAGGUUACAACAUGGACCAGGAGCAAGGCUCGCUCAGACUUCUGGAUGUGCAGAUUCCCCUUGGGGGAAAUAACGUGUUUGUACUCGUCAUGCCUCGUCUCAAUAGUAACCGAGAGUUCACAGGGAACGUGCCGGCACACACGGGGGACCACAAGCUGCUUCUCUUUGUAAUGAUCACUUACUGACAGAUUUGAUUCUCUUACAGAUUUCUUAUCAUCACUCUUCAAUGGAGACUGCAGGACACAAAUUUCCAUUUCCUUCAAACCACCCCACUUAACAUUUUGUUCAUUGCAGCGUUUUGAGUGUUUUCUUUAUCAGGCGUGACUGUAUGGUGGAAGAAGGUUUCUCUUCAUCUCCAAUGUUGUGUGUUUGUGGGCUUUUCAUCGACACUGUCGGAUUGGUAAAUAAAAACGUGUGGAUUCAUUUAAAACUCAAUUCAUAACGUCUCACGUGUGUGUGUGUGUUUUCAGCUGAAACAGCAUUAACCCUUGCUGCAGCAUGUUUUGUUAAUUGUAUGUAAAAAGCCAUGAAUGUAUUUUUUAAGUGAAGCCAACUGUUGCAGAUGCCCUGCUGGCCUGUGCAGGGCCUUGUAUGUGUACUCAAUUUACUUGCAGGAACAAGUGAAGUCAUCCUACCUGGGCCUCCAGUGAUUUUCCUAUCGAAGUGGAUUUGGGAUUUUAACACCGCUGGUUUCAUUACACAUUGCAUUUUUUGGAAACCAACUGAACUUUGUAAUCUUAUAUUAAGAUCUUAAAAAGCGUGACAUGUCGAGUUUUAAGAACUGAAAUUCCAUUGUUCAUCAAUACAUGGAAACUGGAACACGUAUUGCACUGUGUGUGUUACAUCUGCCUUAUCUGAUAUUCAGAUAUUUGUAUUAAAGAAACAUUCUACUCCUAUAAUACGACUUUUUAAACCUGAAUAUUAUAAAUAAUUGGCUACUUUGUUUAUUUUAGCACCUGGAUGCUGGAUCUUGUAUUGUACUAUGUGCAUGACAUUUAAAUUUUCUGAUAUUCAGGAUUUUGUAUUAAAGCAGCAUUCUAUUUUUAUACUAUGAAGACUGUAAACCUGAAUGUUUUUAAAUAAACACAUUUCAAAAGGCAA